ACAAACUUCUUCUCAUCUCAUUGUGAUCAACAUCAAAUCUGUUUUGGCACUUCUUUCAAAACCCAAGCUUCAUCUUAACAUUUCCCAAUGUGAUGAUCUGAUCAACAGCACUGACGCAAAUAAAUCCACAUAUUUAUCAAGACAUUUAGUCCAUAACGGUGCUGCUGCCAGACUUGAUUCAAUAUUUAUCCAUAAACCUCACUACUUAAUAAAGAGAAGAGAGCAACGAAAACAAAUCCAUUACUAAUAAAAAAUCCAGUAGAAGAAACUUUAUCAAAAAUGAUGGGAAGUUUGAGCUCCAAUGGUUCUUAUGCACCUUCGAGAAAGGUGAUGAUGAUGGGUUAUGAUGUGCCUGAGGGAAUAGAUAUUAGGGGACGCUACACUGAGGAAUAUGCAAAGAUAUUAACUAAGGAUGCACUAAUGUUUGUUGCUGAUCUGCAAAGAAAGUUUCGCAAUCGAAUUAAGUAUGCUUUGGAGUGCAGGAAAGAAGCUCAGAGACGGUAUAAUGCUGGUGCGCUGCCGGGGUUUGAUCCUGCUACGAGGUAUAUUAGGGAAGGGGAGUGGGUUUGUGCUUCUGUUCCACCAGCUGUUGCAGAUCGGAAAGUUGAGAUUACUGGGCCGACUGAGCGUAAGAUGGUUAUCAAUGCACUCAACUCUGGGGCCAAAGUUUUCAUGGCUGAUUUCGAAGAUGCAUUAUCGCCAACUUGGGAAAACCUAAUGAAAGGUCAAGUGAACUUGAAAGAUGCAGUAGAAGGAUCCAUAAGUUACCAUGACCAAGCUAGAAACAGAGUAUACAAGCUCAAUGACCAAACUGCCAAACUCUUUGUUCGUCCACGAGGAUGGCACCUUCCUGAGGCUCACAUUCACAUAGAUGGUGAGCCUGCGACUGGUUGCCUUGUCGACUUCGGUCUCUACUUUUACCAUAACUACAGAGCUUUCCGCCAGAACCAAGGCGCUGGUUUCGGUCCUUUCUUUUAUCUCCCUAAAAUGGAGCACUCAAGGGAAGCAAAGAUAUGGAACUGUGUAUUUGAGAAGGCGGAAAAGAUGGCAGGAAUUGAGAGAGGAAGCAUCAGAGCUACUGUACUGAUUGAGACUCUUCCCGCUGCCUUUCAAAUGGAUGAAAUCCUCUAUGAAUUGCGUGAUCACUCAGUUGGGUUGAAUUGUGGUAGAUGGGAUUAUAUUUUCAGUUAUGUGAAGACCUUCCAGGGUCACUCAGAUCGUUUACUUCCUGAUAGAGUUCAGGUUGGCAUGGCUCAGCACUUUAUGAGAAGUUACUCUGACCUUCUCAUCCGGACAUGUCAUAGGCGUGGUGUUCAUGCCAUGGGCGGCAUGGCAGCUCAAAUACCAAUUAGAGAUGAUCCAGAAGCAAAUGAAGCAGCAUUAGAGCUGGUGAGGAAAGACAAGCUCCGUGAGGUAAGAGCAGGUCAUGAUGGAACUUGGGCUGCCCACCCUGGACUUAUCUCUGCAAUUAUGGAUGUCUUUCAAAACAACAUGGGAAGCAUACCUAACCAGAUCCAAAGCAUGAGGAGAGAAGAUGCAGUUGUAACUGAGGAAGACCUCAUACAGAAGCCUAGAGGUGUCAGGACAAUGGAUGGCCUUCGCCUAAACACCAGAGUUGGAAUCCAGUAUGUGGCUGCAUGGCUUACUGGAACAGGGUCAGUUCCUCUUUACAACCUGAUGGAGGAUGCUGCCACUGCAGAGAUCAGCAGAGUUCAAAACUGGCAGUGGCUGAAGUACGGGGUAAGUUUGAACGGCGAUGGGCUUGGAGUUCACGUGACUAGAGAGCUCUUCGGUAGGGUAGUAGAAGAAGAGAUGGCAAGGAUCGAGAAAGAGGUCGGUGCACAAAGGUUCAAGCGUGGAAUGUACAGGGAAGCUAGCAAGAUAUUCACUCGACAGUGCACUGCAGCAAUCCUUGAUGAUUUUCUGACUCUAGAUGCUUAUAACCAAAUCGUUCAACAUUACCCCAAGGUUUCCUCUAAGCUCUAAGCAAGUUCACCAUCUAGAAGGCUACCAGAAGUUAUUAUGUUAACCAGGUUUCAUCUUUUGUUGUUUCAUCCAUAUGGGUCUAUCUCGACUCAUUUUCACCACUUUGAAUAAGUAAUAAUCACCUCUUCUCAUUGUUAUACGGUUAUCACAGGGGGAAGUUAAUGUAUUUGUCUUUUGUUUUCUUUCCA